CAACACAAAGAGACGCGUGGCAAAUGAAAAGAAAUUUCUGGAUUCCACCCGCCCAAUUUAUACGCCCAUUCUCUUUACUUCCUCUCAUCUUCAAUUGCAGCGGCAUUGGUUUACGGUUCGAAUUCCAGGAAGGUGUCUGAAAAAUGUCGUCAAUGGUGCCAUGGUUUGGCGGGCGAAGGACGAAUGCGUACGAUCCGUUCGCCCUGGACGUGUGGGACCCAUUUGAUUUCGUGGGUGGUUUUAUGGACGUAGCCCCCUACCGCCAAAAGGAAGGCGCUGGAGCCGAGGUUUCUGCUGUGGCUCGCGCUAAUGUCGACUGGAAGGAGACUCCCGAGGCGCAUGUUUUCAAAGCAGAUCUCCCUGGACUGAAGAAAGAGGACAUAAAAAUCCAGGUGGAAGAUGGGCGAAUUCUGCAGAUAAGUGGAGAGCGGACGAAAGAAGAGGUGGACAAGAAUGAUAAAUAUCACCGCGUUGAAAGGCAGUCCGGGAGCUUUGUUCGCCGUUUCCGGCUGCCGGAAAAUGCAAAGAUGGAUAAUAUUAAUGCGAGGAUGGAAAACGGCGUGCUGACUGUGACUGUUCCCAAGGCGCCUGAGAAGAGCAAGCCUCAAGUCCAGACUGUUCAUAUUUCUGGUUAAUAAUAAAUGCUUGUUAAUAGUUGUGGGGUAGAAGUAUAUAGUAUUAUGUGUAAUAUUUUUUGGUUGUGAACGAUUUGAGGGAAAUGGAUAUAUCGUUGUUGUUAUCUUAAGAGGUUUUGGUGUGGGAUUCUUCGUGUAAUAAUAUUGUGAAAAGUUUGUAUUGUGUUCUGAAAAUAUAUAUAUAUGUUGGUUUCACGGUUUUGAGUA